GAGUAUACAAGAGACUGAGAGCUAGAGAAAGAGCGAGAGUGAGUGAACCUGUUCUUAGCAUCAGUAACCGUAACAUUUUUUUCCGAAGGCAUAUUACACCAUUACCGAAGAUUUUUAGUUACAUACUCCUGCAAUGGACUGUAGAAACGAUGCGUGCGGCCAGCCACAGGAUAAGGACAUCAUGGACAUCCCGCUGGACGACCCCGAGGCUAACAAGGCGGCCACAAAGAUCCAGGCUGGCUUCCGCGGGCACAUGACCAGGAAGAAGAUGAAGGACGACAACCCCAGGGAGGAGAACAAGGUUGAAGUGCACUGAAGUGGACUCAGAGACAAGCUUGGUGCAUUUGGUGCCCUCUGAUCUUGGACCAGCAUUGCUUACGUUCCAUAGAAUUCCAGUCCCUUAGUUGUACAUCAAUUUUCCUGAACUCUAUGCACACAAUCUUUUCAUGUCGAUCAGAGUCUCCUGUUGUGCAGUCAGCAGCCUGGUUGCGAUUGGCACGGCGCAGUGCAGCUCCAGUGUGGAAUGGUCCGCGACGAUCGGGAUCCGCGAGAGGCAGCCCCCCCCCCAACUGUGCCGUUCCUAACACAUGGCAGAGAACAACACCAGUACUGGCAGACGGUGGUCUCAACUUGGAGCUACCUCCCUCCCUCCCUCCCGCUGUUGCAAAUAUGCCUGCCCAAUAUUAGGACAUCAUAUUGGAAAAUGUACCACUCUGGUAGUCUGUGUGCAUGUGACUUCAGUGUUGUGCUAGACUUUCUGAACAGCCUUUUUAAUAAAAUAAGUGUCAAUAUAUAAGCCUUUUUAUUUCCCUAUACUAGAAACGUAUAGGGCAGCAAGUUGGCCACCAUUGUCUGUGUCAUGUGGGCUUCCAUUUGGGUAACCCGGGUUCCUUCUGCUGUCCAAAGACAUGCAGUUAUGUUACCUGGUGUCUCUAUAUUGGCUGUAGAGUAUGAUCGUGUAUGAGUGUGUGUGUCUGUGUUCUGUGAUAGACUGGCAUCCCAUCCAGGGUGUGCUCCAGUCCAGUGUUGCCUGGGAUAGGCUCCAAACCCCUCUGCCACCCUGAGCAGGAGAAGCAGUCAGAAGAAAGAUGGAUGGAUUCAUGUAACUCAAAAAUUUUUGGAGCGGUGGGCAGAUACAAAAAAUACACCACAUAGGUUCUCUUGCUGUUAGUCCACAACAAAUCAGGGCAUCACUCAUCUGUUGAAAUGGAUUAUAUGUUUACCCAGACAACAGUGUUAGUUUGGAAAUUCGCAGUGAUGCAUUUGAUUUACACUUUGCAGAAUCUGGGUUGAAAAGGUGCGGGCAGCUCAACGAGGGCGGUCUGGAGUGUCUCUUGAAACAGUUUCCGUUAUAAAGUCCCUACACAAUAGAUAUUGCGAGUCCCCAUUUAGCUCAUGUGUCCCACUGGAACAGCAGCUGCUGUAAUCAUUUUGAAAUGGAAAGAAGAUUCUCCUCCGGGAAAAGAUAAACUUGCCUCAGUCAGUAAUGUACCUUAGUUUCCUAGCAAUGCUGCUUUAAUAUCCAUCUCUAGGCAACGAAGACAGUGUCUGUAAAGGUGCGAUGUUAAAUAUCUGCUUUAUUAUUUCGGUAGAUUGACUAACAUAUAUGUCAAGUUCAUGUCCACAACACUCUCAGUAUAAGCAAUUUACCCUUAUUGUCUAAUAUUUGUUAGGUAUUCAUAGUAAGUCUUGAAAUACAAUCUCUUUGGUAGCAUGUGGCUUUUCCAAUACAGAAGAGCGCUUGGCUGAUAAUUUUUUUCACCCAAACUCUUUUCCCUGUCUAACUCCAAAUGCAGUUGUUGUACAAUUCUUGUGUAAGCUUAGCGGAUGGAAAAAGGGAGACUAGUGGUCUUUUGUCUGCUGUGUUUUUGUUUUUGAUCUGGAUUUGUUGUUGUGCAACUGCAUCCAUUCUGUAUCUCCCCUUUGCUGCAGCUGCUUGCUUCCUGGCCUUAGUUAGGAGACUGAAGGUUAAACUGAAUUUUUGUUUUUACUGGAAAUGUGCCUCGGAUGAAAGGCACAUCGAUAAAAUUAUGAGAUGAUUCAUUUAAUAUCUCCACCACUGAACUUGCUAGUUAAAUGUCAUUAAAAACGAAAAAAUGAAUGAAUAAAAAAAGGCCCACUCACAAAAAAAUUAUGCCUGCAAAUCUAAAAUGAAACGGAACAACAUCUCCUAGGAGAAACUGUGAGGUUGUCA